AUGUAUCUCCUCUUCUUUGCCGCCCUGUUCUUUACAACCUCUACCCUCGGCGACUCGAUCCUCGCGUUCGCCCCUAUCACUGCUCUAGCAGUUCAGGACACUCUUAAUGCCCGCAAAUUGGGUGGUUUAUGCCCUGCUUCAUCUCAAACUGCCUGUCCUGAUGGCAUCGGAUGUUGUCCUAGAGGUGCUGCCUGCACCUAUUCCAGCCAGCUCCCUGUAUGUGACGAGCUAUGUGGUGCUGGACCCAAGUGUAUCAACGGCGGUUGCUGUCAAGUUGGUUAUGUCUGUGGAUUGACCAACGACUUCUGCACGCCUGGUCCCAAAGAAAUCGCCAAGCUCCCUGCCUUCACGCCCACAACUAGUGGCCCGGCCACAGUUUCUGCAUAUGACCCUACUUCUGCGGUUGAUACUACUUCCGUGGCUAGUUCCUUGCCUGAUAGCACUCUCGCCAACGACCCGACGACCACCGUUCGAUCUACUCAGAGUGGAAAAGGCGGGCUUAGACUGUCACCAACCCCAUCUAGAAGGCCAGCUAGCUCGCCAACUACCUCACAUUCGACAUGGACCAACACCCGGGCUCACAAUGCUGGAGGCGUUGGCGGCGGCGCUCAUAAGAUCACCAAGACACCCAGUCCAUCAGCACAGGCCACAAGUACUGGAGGCGCCCCGGUACUCGAAGCAAUCAACACUGGAGCUGCGUUUGGGUUUGGAUGGAUUGCCGGACUUUUUUUUAUGCUCUGA